AUGAGCGCAGCGUGUGUGAAGGGGAGGCAACUAGUAAUGCUGAUUUUUUUUUUACGGUUUCAGUAUCGAGUUACAUUUAUCGAGUUAUACAUAUAUAUGUUUACAGGAAAAGUACGGGCUUGGCUUGGCUUUGCCACACACCACGCAUUCCUUUCCCUGUGUGUUGCCUUGUUGCGGGAGUGUAAGUCAAGAUGCCGUGCCUUGAUUUAUGCCGAAGGUGCUUUGCUUCGUAAUCGUCUUGCCUCCUCUGUCUUCUCUAUUGUGUUUCAAGGCGACAAACUUAUGGCUCUUAUUGUGACAUGA